UGUCAAUCGAGACUGGCUAUAAAUUGGCCGGUAUGGCCGUGUGAAUUCAGUUUCAGUUUGACAGCUGAGAGGAUUGCACGAAAUAGAAGUGAAACAAUCUAAUUCCAGAAAGGAUAUUUUCAAAAAUGGAAAAGGUUAAAGAAGUUAAACUUACAUCCACGAGAAAAGGCAUAUCAUCUACGCAGAUCGUUGCUAGGCAACAUAUGAAGAAGCACCUGCGGAGGAUUCGGAACAAGGAAUACCGCAGGUUACGUGCCAUGGUGCCGGCCGUCGCCAAACAACAGAAAGUAUCCAAGGUUGAGGUUAUUGAGGAGGCGGUCCGCUACAUUGACGAGCUGCAUCGCGCCCUGGCCGCCCGCCUCGGACACACAGAAGCGCUCACUGGCGACAGAGGGAGUACAUGUACCGAAAAUGACACGCUGAAGGAGUUUGUACACAAUUUUAUUCCCGCGGACUUCUUCCGGCGACGGGUAGCAGUGCCAAUGGUGGUCCAGGAAUAUGAGAAACAGCAGCGGGUGCCGUCCUAUCUGACACAAAACCACGGCAAGCCGCGCCCUGCCAAGUUUGUCUAGGACGAUGACGAAGCCUUAUGAUGUACUGAAGCACAACUGUGAUACAAUAUAUGUUUGAGGUCAUCGCUUUCCUGAGCCCUUACGAGCCAUCAUAUAUGGAGUAAUCGGAGGUCCCGUCUUGCUUUAUGAUGGCGUCAAAACGUGACCCGUCCAGGCGAGAAACGACGUCCGGCCACUGACCAGAUCCCCAUGCACUUACCAGAUCUCCACUGACCUGUUCUCCGCUCACUGACAAGUUCUCCACUCACUGACAAGUUCUCCAUUCACUGACCAGUUUUCAAUUGACCAGUUCUCCGCUUACUGACCAGUUCUCCGCUCACUGACCAGUUCUCCGCUCAUUGACAAGUUCUCCAUUCACUGACCAGUUUUCAAUUGACCAGUUCUCCGCUCACUGACAAGUUCUCAACUCACUGACAAGUGACCAGUUUUAAAUUGACCAGUUCUCCGCUCACUGACCAGUUCUCCGCUCACUGACAAGUUCUCCGCUCACUGACGGUGACCAGUUCUCCCCUCACUGACCUGUUUUCAAUUGACCAGUUCUCCGCACACUGACCAGUUCUCCGCUUAUUGACAAGUUCUCAGCUCACUGACGGUGACCAGUUCUCCGCUCACUGGCAAGUUCUCCUAUCACUGACCAGUUCUCCGCUCACUGACAGUUUCUCCACUACCUGGCCAGAUUAGUUCUCCAAUAACUGACCACACUGCAGAUCCGUUAAGACUGUGAUAGCUGUAAAUAUACUUGUAUAUAUGUGUUACAGAAACUAUGCCUGAACAUAUUGUACAUGUUCGCUGCAAUGAUUUAUAUAUUCUCAAUGAAUAAAAGAAUUCAAACUAAAUGUGGUUGCUGCUUUUUUAUUUUAGAUACGUAGGAAUCGUUGAAAUUUACUUUGAUACUAAAUAUGAAGUGAAGCAGUCAUCAACUGAGAUAAUGGU